CUCUCUUCUACGGUCCACUUUUUAACUUAAGGGCCAUGCUCACCUAUUUCACUUCUAGGCAUUAGAUCCCAGUCCCACACCUGAUAGCAACAUGUCUGACAAAGGAGCCUUCGAUACCAACGUGCUGACCCUCACCAGGUUUGUUCUGGAGGAGGGCAGGAAGGCCCAGGGAACAGGUGAGCUGACAAACCUGCUCAACUCCAUCUGCACAGCUGUGAAGGCCAUCUCAACAGCUGUCAGGAAGGCUGGGAUCGCUAACCUGUAUGGCAUCGCUGGAAGCACCAACGUGACAGGGGACCAGGUGAAGAAACUGGACGUCCUGUCCAAUGACCUGGUCAUCAACAUGAUCAAGUCCUCCUUCACCUCCUGUGUGCUGGUGUCAGAGGAAGACGAGAAGGCCAUCAUCGUGGAGCCAGACAAGCGGGGGAAAUACAUCGUGUGCUUUGAUCCACUGGAUGGUUCCUCAAACAUCGACUGUCUCGUCUCGAUUGGAACAAUUUUCGCCAUCUACAGAAAGACGACAGAUGGCGAGCCAGUUGAGAACGAUGCUCUGCAGCCUGGAAGAAACAUCGUGGCAGCUGGUUACGCUCUGUACGGCAGUGCCACCAUGAUGGUCCUCUCCACUGGUCAAGGAGUCAACUGCUUCAUGCUCGACCCCUCAAUCGGUGAAUUCAUCUUGGUGGAUCGAGAUGUGAAGAUUAAGAAGAAGGGAAAAAUCUACAGUUUGAAUGAGGGAUAUGCGCAGCAUUUUUAUCCGGACGUGACAGAAUACCUGCAAAAGAAGAAAUUCCCGGAGGACGGCUCUGCUCCGUAUGGCAGUCGAUAUGUUGGUUCAAUGGUAGCUGAUGUUCAUCGUACUUUGGUGUAUGGAGGGAUCUUUUUAUAUCCGGCUAAUGUCAAGAGCCCUAAGGGCAAGCUGAGGCUGCUGUAUGAGUGCAACCCCAUGGCCUUCAUCAUGGAGCAGGCAGGAGGCAUGGCCACCACUGGAUCCAUGAAUGUCCUGGACAUCCAGCCCACCGGCAUUCACCAGCGAGUUCCCGUGGUCCUGGGAUCUCCCGAUGACGUGCAGGAGUAUCUUGCCAUCUGUAAAAAGCACAACAAAUGAGCUGACGAUCUAACACUGAUGAAGGAACCAGGAACCUUGAUGGACCUACAACGUCUGCCUCGCACUAUGUCAAUUCCAUCUUGUUGGUGUAAGUGUUAUUUGUUGAGUCUUACCCUGUAUUUUUUAAAUAAAGACAAAUGAAAAGAUG